ACAGCAAGUGUGUUCAGUUCAACGGGGAAGGUACACGCGAUACUUUUAAAUAUCAAUUUCAGUCCGACAAAAUUUGCGACAAUUUUUCGCGAAUUUAUCCUUCAGUCCGUGAAAUUAACAUUAAAAAAUUUAGUUCAGUGGAAAAUGUAUCGGUAGUGGAUUGACCAUUUCCUCAAAUCCAAAAAAUAUCAGCAGUGAUCAGGACGCAUAGUACACAAUGACGGAAGCCACUGACGUUGUUAUAAGCAGGGAAAAGGUACCAUCUCCAGAUUACAAUGGAAAUGUGGAGAAGAAGGAAUAUUCUAAAUGGAGGCAGGCAGCACCACAGGUGUGUGCCGUCAUGGCGAAGAAUCUUCUACUGUUGACGUUUGGAUCAACUCUAGGCUUUCCAACGAUUCUCCUUCCUGCGCUGCAGAAGAAUGAUCCUGACAUUCCAGUUACGAUGGAAGACCUCACGUGGAUCAGCAGUAUAAAUUUGUUCGCCGUACCACUGGGCUGUGUGGUGAGUGGACCACUCUCCCAAUACCUCGGGAGAAGAAAAACAAUGCUCAUAUCGAACAUCCCAUUCGUAGCAUCCUGGGUGAUCCUACACUAUUCAACUAACGCGCCAAUGCUAUUUAUUGCCCUCUCAUUGACUGGCCUUACUGGGGGUCUUACUGAGGCACCUGUUCUGACUUAUGUGGCUGAGGUGACCCAGCCACAUCUGCGUGGCAUGCUCUCGGCUACUUCAACGAUGUCAGUUAUCCUCGGUAUUUUCACGCAAUUGUUGACAGGGAGUUUAACAGAUUGGAGGACAGCCUGUCUCAUCAAUCUUAUUUAUCCUGUUGUCUGUUUUCUUACACUGGCCAUUGUGCCCGAGAGUCCUUACUGGUUAGCAGGUAAAAAUAGAAUGGAAGAUGCUGAGAAAUCCCUGAGAUGGCUUCGAGGCUGGGUGCCACCGUCCAACGUACGGGAAGAGCUUCAGCUCGUCUUGAGGACCAUUCACCAUCCUCCGAACGAGGAGGAACAUCAAAACGAGAGCUAUUGGGCUCCAUUCUUCAGGAGAACCUUCACAAUUCCCCUCAUGCUUGUCAGUCUCAUCUUCUUCCUCGCAGCCUUUGGUGGCUCAGCAACCCUCCAGACAUUCGCGGUUUCCAUAUUCGAUAAGGUUGAGGUACCGAUGAACAAAUACACAGCAACUCUGAUCCUGGGGGUUGCUGAGCUCCUUGGAACCGCCACUUGUGUUGCUUCCAUCCACUUCGUAGGGAAGAGGAGGCUCAACUGGGUAUCCAUCAGUGGAACUGGUCUGUGCUUCUUCGGCAGUGCUAUUUAUAUUUAUUUACUGGAGUUUAAGCAGAUCGAGAGGGGGGCUUACAGUUGGAUACCAACGGCCUUUCUCAUUGGGUCUGCCUUCAUCUCGCACAUGGGAAUCCGACAGCUUGCUUGGAUCCUUGCUGGCGAAGUCUUUCCCGCGAAGAUAAGAAGUUCAGCAACUGGAAUAGCAGCAGCGAUAAGUUACAUAUUUAUGUCAGUCAUAAAUAAGAUAUUCUUGUACAUGGUCAAUGCAAUGGGUUUGUCAGGGACGUUCCUAUUCUACGCUGGUAUGAACCUGGCUGGUGGUAUCGCACUUUACUUAUCAUUACCGGAGACUGAAGGCAGAACACUCAAGGAAAUUGAGGAGCAUUUCGCGGGGAUACAGAGUCUUAAGCACAGACCGAAGAACGAUGGACUGGCCGAUAAGGAGAAAUGGGCUACUGCCAAUCCUGCCAUGGUCCUCGACGAUGUUGAGAGCAAGCUAUGAGCACUUUUCAGGCUCUUGUGCUCACGAGAUUUGUCAGUUUCGCUGGUGAUAAGAGAGUCAGAGCGGUGCAUAUUGCCAGGAAUGGUUAAAUUCAGUAUGAGAUUGUACACGUGUGAAACAAUUUCGUUGAAAAACCUGGCGUUUCAUAAUUUUUAAAGGAAAUUUCAGCAGAAAAUGGCAAUUUUAACAGAAUUUCAAUAGGAUUCAGUGGCGCAGCAGUGAAACAAUUUAACUCAAUUUAGACUUGAGCUGAUUUUUCGAGUAAUAUCUCCGCAUCUACGGGAGAUGGCGAAGUUUCCGUGAUGAGCUUUUUUGCAGAGCGAAUUGAGGGCUACGAAAAAGGUUAUUACGAAAAGUUCGCUGUCUCCCUUAGAUUUCGAGAUAGCCAUU